GAUGUCUGUCUGCUCCGCGCCCGGCGUCGAUGCUCAGCGCCUGACGUGACUGCUCCACACGGCGGCUGCCCGACAAACCGUCCGUCCGAGGCAAUGGGUGCGUUUGGAGCGAUGCUGAGGAUUUUACAGUACGCGGGACUUUACGUGCAACUUAGCGCGGCUCUGAGCGACGCGCACGCGGAGCUGGACAACCACAUCUCCGGGAACGCUCUCUUCACAGAGGUCCCACACGACAUCACCACCAACAGCGGAGAAGACGUGGAGAUGGCCUGCUCCUUCCGCGGGGCGGGCUCUCCCUCUUACUCUCUUGAAAUCCAGUGGUGGUACAUCAAGGACCCCAGGGAUCGGCAGGAGAAGCCCACACACAUCACUAAUAAUGUCAUUCCCCUGGAGGAGACGUUCAAAGAUGCAACCAAAAUUAGUGUGGUAAAAGUAGCUGGCAGCAACAUCUCCCACAAGCUGCGUCUCUCCAGCGUCAAGGCGUCGGACGAGGGCACGUACGAGUGCCGCGUCAUCGACUACAGCAGCUCCGUGGUGCAGCGCCACCGCGUCCGGGCCUACCUCCAGGUGAGGGCCGACAGGAGCAGUCCGGCAUCGGAUGAGCAGCAGCUGCGGGACGCAGGACGGCGGUCACGCGGGGGUCAGGGACACUCCGGCCGGCAGACAGAGGGCAGGGAACUGAAGAGGAGAUCAGCCGGCGGCGCCGCGGACUGUGAUGAGAGCUGUGUACUUUAGAGAGCGUCGGCCUGCCUGCAUGUCCGCGGCUCGUGUCCAGAG